AUGGAGCCAACUGAUCCGAGACUGGUGGAUAUAUGGCCAACAGGGCCUUAUUCCAAGGAGCAGGAGGCUGUGACUUUGUCCCGCCGCCUUCAGCAAACUGCGAUGGUUUGUCUUUUACAAGAUCAGUUUUUCAUCCGACAUAAACUCAGCACAUUCGAGGCUUUGCUGAUGGUGAUAUAUAACCUUUCCCACAACGAAUCAGUCGAUCAAGGGUGGGCCUUGUUGGGUAUGGCCUUAAACAUCGGCAUAGCGCUACGGUGCAAUGUUGACUCCCAGGGACUUGACCCUCUCGAGACCGAUAGACGUCGACGCUGCUGGGCUGGUAUAUUGACCCUACAUACCUACCAAGCGAUUCUGUUUCGGGAUAUUGACAUGUCAUUCCUCCUUGAUAUAAAAGCCACAAUGCCCGCGGAUGUCAAUGAUGCCGAUAUCACCCAAGAGGGAAUCUCACGUCCAUCUAGCUCGCCCACGCAGAUGUCCGUGAUGAUGUUCAAAGUUCGAAUUUUUCGGAUCUGCACUGAAAUCUGUCACCACAUAUCUGGCCCCUCACGACUUGAGGUAGAGCCAUUGAAUAGAUAUGAUGCGAUCAUCGCCGAGGAACAGCGGAGAUGGGACGCGACAUAUCUGGUGGAUGGUGCCCCAAAUAUAUUGGAUUCUAGUUACGCCUAUUGGUGUAUUCUCCAAACCUAUGCACAUCAACUGUACCUGCUUCUGCAUCGUCCUUUUCGUCAUUCUCAGUCAUCGCGCUUCCUUGCAUCAUCUCGAGAGAGAUGUAUAACUUCCAGUGCCAGUUUACUAGACAUCCAUCGUCAGAUAUACGAAGUUCCACUGCUCCGGCCUUACCUGUGGUUGCUCAGGGGUGUUACGAGCUUAAAGGCACUUCACGCUGCCGUAGCGCUCAACUCGUGUCUUCUAGAUAUGCCGCCGUCUUUUGAGUCAAGCUCGUACAGGGAGGCGUUGAAUAAACUCCUGCUCCGAAUGCAGAGCCUUUCUCAUCGAAGUGCAAUAUGUUUGAAGGCAAAUCGCAUACUUCUUCAAUUACAGACUCAGUUUGGCGCAGACAAUCAGCAACUACCCAACUCGGAACCUCAAUUUGAGAGCAGAAUCGAAGACUGGACUGAUAUUCGAGAUUGGUUUGGGGCAGAUCUUUUUAAUUGGAACUUGGAUAGUGUUGGCAAUAUUCCUGCAGUUUGA